CGCAAGCGUGCCGAAACACCGGCGGCGAAGCUUGCCCUCUGAUCUUGGACUUUUGUUCUCUGCCUCCUACCUUGCCUCUGCCCGAUACUCAGUGCUGGGGGCUGAGGUGGUUCUGCUAUCCUGUGCUCGCCUGUACCUAUAGGUUCAGGAGCCUGACGUAGCACGAGCGACACACCUGCUUCAAGACGGCACCUCUCCACUCUCCAUACUCUCCCCUCGUUUGCGUCUGCAUAUUCUGCAGCCUUCGCACAAGCCAUCAUGUCCAACUUCACGCUGGUGGAUCCCAAGGGAUGGGAGUUUGACUUGCAUUCGGUCUAUUCCGCAUACAUCGGAUACUUCCAAGUCCAUAACAUCCCCUGGUAUGAGCGAUCGUGGGGUCACUGGUUCUCCUCCUUCGAAGAGUUCCUCGCAUUCUCCUGGCCCGUCAUCACCGUCACAGACUCCUGGACCGGCCGCGCACACAUAGUGACCCGGCUCACCUCCAUAGGCGCCUUCAUCAAGAUGAUCAAGACCCGAUUUGGUGAAUCUAUACCUCAGGCGCCCAACAUCCUCCAGGUUACGCCGUUCGAGACGUCGACAAGGCAUCUGCGGAAUGUGAGCGACUAUGCGACGUACAAGAAGCUGCAUGCGACGCUCCCGGCGGCGGAGCUGAGCGCGUUGAAGGCGCGUAUACGGGCGGGGGAGCCGCAUGCGGUGAAGAAGUUGUGGGACCAGAAGGAGAAAACGUUCCUUGCGAUGGACUUUGAAUGGAGCGAGCGCAAUGAACGGAGCUGCCUGGAGUGGGGCUACGCUGCGGUACGGUGUGGGCACUUGGAUAGUCAAGGUCGCUGGCCUCCGGUACCAGAGAAGAACUACAGGAAAGGUCAUUACAUCGUCGGUGAAUACGUCGACAAGGUCAUGAACAAGCACUUCUUGAACCAUCCGUGGGAGUACGCUUUCGGCGACAGUCAAAUUGUGUCCAAGUCGAAGCUACCAGAGCUAAUCACAUCGAUAAUCAGUAGCCUAGCCAGUCCGGAUUCCGAAACUCUUGGCAACGUGUUGGUCGUCAUAGUCCACGGAUACGGGGAUAUAUCCAGGAUGGAAGAUAUCGGGAUUAAGCUCCCGCACAACGUCUUCAUCCUGGACGCUGCCGCUUACGAGCGCACCUUGUAUGCUGCCGGCGUACGCGGAACCAUGAUCGACCCGAUGACGAAUAUGCCACGACAGCCAGGCUCGACGCUCGCGCCAGAGAACCUCCUCCGCACCUUUGCCAUGCCGCCGCUCACAGUAGCCGAAGGCACGGUCGUGCUUCCGCCACCAAAGCAAGCGCAGAUGGUAGCCUUUCUGAGCGCCUGCCCUCCUCGGAAUGCCGGCAACGAUGCCUUCAUGCUGCUGUUUGGCACGCAGAUGCUCCUCGAUGGCGCUCGAACGGAAAUCCCAAUCAUCCUUCCCAAGAUGCGCGCGAGGCCAGUGAGCAUGAUGCCUGCCAUGCCUAUGGCGGGCUUGCCUGCGAUGAUGACGGGGAUGUCGUUGGGACCUCCAAUGGCUGGGCGACCGGCGCUUAGAAAGAGCGCAACGUCGGAGAGGUUGCAGGCGAUGCAACCGCAAGACCUAAUUCGCGACGAUGGACAGUAUCUGAGCAUUGGCAGGUCUCGUUCUCCUGGACGUAGGAUUAGCAGUGGUGGGGUUCACGGAUGAUCGGUUUCCACAUACGCGAAAGGACUACUAGCACGGACUUAUGCCAGACACCGCCGUUUGGACCUCCGCUUAUCGAUUCACUCCACUGCAUUAGCUACCGGACGGACAACUCGUAUUUAUUCUCCAUCGACUCUUCUACUAGCUCGCACCAUCUAGGCUACGCAACCUGAAUUACUUGGCAAGUUUAUUGUCUUUGUGGUUGUUGUGCGUAAUGGGUCCUUUGUCCAACAAUGUGUCGCCAUCACGUCGAUACCGGUAAUCACCGCCACGUGUCUCUAUGCUCAUUGAUUCACCGUGACUGG